AUGGAAGGUUCCCCUGCGAGGCCUCCCAGCGCCACAGGCCUCUGCAGGAGAAGCCAGGCCCCGUUGGCCUCGUCGGGGGUCUCCCAGAGUCCCCCAGAGCCCAAGCUGGAGGACAGGGUGGCAGACACAGUCGUCGCUCUGGCUGACCCACCUCUCCAAAGCCGGCCCUGGGGCGCAUCCGGAAGUCCUGGGGGGGGGGGGGGCGCGGUUGCCAUGGCACCGGAGAUGCUCCCCAAGCAUCCUCAUCCCGGGGGAGGAGGGGGGAGGGGGGAGAAAAGGGGACCCAAGGCGGACGCCUCCCUCCACGGCAAUCUGGCAGGGGCGCCCGUUCCUCUGCCCGCCGGUGCUCCCACCCACCUUCCCUCCAAGAGGUUAAUCAAGGUUUGCUCUUCUCCUCCCCACCCCCCCCCCCCCCCCCGCCCACCCCAGCGUUUCCAUACGGCUUGUUCACAGGCCCCUCCUAGGCCGAGGGUGAAUGCUCCCUUACACUGACCGCUGCGAGGGAAUUGUCCGCGAGUGCUGCCCAUCUUCGAAUCAAUGCCUGCCCAGAACAACAGAAAGGGCCUCAGAUGUACUGGUUUCCACAGAACCAUUGUUCGGCUUUUGUGGAGCAGUUUUGAACCUA